AUGUUCCUAGGAAGCUUCUUGGAGCACAACCUCAUCUGGCUCAUUGCUUGUUAUCUAUUCCGUUACUACAUCCUUUACGUCCGUGAUUUAUCAAUCAAAAAUCUUAUGAAAUUCCUCACGUUCCAAGUGUGCAUUCCCAUUUGGAUCUUCCUCGGAGUCUUCUUCUUCCUUGCCAUGUACACCCAGAAUGCUCAACCAGACAUUCUACAGUACUCCAUCACUAUUUCCUUCAUGUUGGCACCUGUCAUCUCUCCAUUUGCCUACAUCUUCUUUGUCCCUCACUACUGGAAUCUCUGUAUCGGAAAGAAAUAUGUGAUACCGAGUACCACUUCUAUCUGGAAGCUCGUCGAAUUGUGGAAGUGUUGA